CUGUCCCCUUUUCUCAGUUUCAGUUUUAUUUUCCCUGUGAUGUUCUAUUUUUCUCUCAUGCCAGACUCAUUACGUCCUAUGAAGAUAGCCCCCUGCAAACACAAGCGCUCUCAGUAUGCAGGAUGUAAUGAGUAUGUUAUGUGACGGCUUGAUUAAGGGAGCCCCGUGUUUUCUCGCCUGCUUUAUGUACGAUUCGCAGGACGACACAAAGCGACUUUGACUUUUUCGCAGCGCGUGAGUCAGUAAAAUGUGCACGCACGUGUUCCGUGCAUGCCCGUAACGAUAUAGAAUAAACACCACUUCCUCCCUCGAUGUCCUCACUUCCUUGCCCUUUCCCUCUUUUUUUCAAAAACAAAAUGCCAGUGGCACGCCGUUUGCCAACCUCACGUCCCACCUCUGUCAUAUAUCGCAGAUCCCAUCUGAUUUUCCAACCUGCUUUUAACCGCCUUAUGAAUAUCAAAGCCACCAACCUGCUCUAUGUUUGAGAAAGGACAUUCAGCGGCCCGGGUUAGCGAAUGGCUUUAUCCAAUCCCUCCCUGAUCCACCCAGAAUAUUAGUCUCUGUAUACCCUGGCUUGGCAGCAGUAUGUGCAGGCUUUCUUCUGCGUAUGAACAGAAUGUGUGUCUCCUACUUAUCGUCGGUCCGGGCCCCACUGGCUAGCAAUUUCCUCCUCUAUUCUCAAUUUCCAACCACAACAGAAGCCUAUAAAUUGCCCCGGGGAACUAUUCUUGACCGCCUCAUGUUUUCUGCUUUUUCAAGACACCUUCACUUAAAUCACUAUCUCACCUUCUUUGACACCUGUGUCUCUGUGGCACAAUUUAAACAUCCUUCUAGAAAUAAGCACCAAACAGCACUGAUAACCUCCAUAUAGGCACACACACACACACACACACACACACACACACACACACACACAUUCACACUGUUCUUCAAUAGCAGUUUAAACAUAAUUAGAGCUGGUUUAAAGCCAGGAAUUGCUCCAAUGCUUAGUAUAAAUGAAUAUUUUAUCACUCUGUAAAAGAAUGCAAUAAUGCGGGGAAAAACUCUAAAAGAGGAGAGCGAGAGAAGCUCCGCAGUAAAUGAACAGGAUGAAGAUGUGAGACAGGCUAUUGAGGCUGGCUAGCAACCAUCAUUUGUUUUUCCCCGGUGCAGAGAUUAUCUGGUUGAGUGAUAGAGGUGGCCUUGAUCAGCCCUCUCCCCGCAUACAGCCGUAAAUCAGAUGUCACGCCGCUGCAGAACCAUCAGCCCUUCACUGGCCCGGGACGCACAUAUUUACCAUGGUAAAUGGCACCCCUACUCGGUAAACACUCCUGUUUUUCACCGACCGUCAGCAUGCAGGAAUGGAUGAUGCAUCGUUCGCUGUACAUUCUCUGUAAUUGCUCACCGGAUGAUAUCUGGCACAAAAAAAAAAACUGACGAGCACUUCUUUGAGUGAAAUGUCUCGGAGGCAAAAGAUGGUUUGAAAAGUUGGCCCUUUUUUCUGUCUUUCUUUUUAGUUUUACCUUUUCAUUUCCCCCUUUUUGAUUAUAGCUGGCCCUCAUUAAGCUGCCAGCAUUUUAAUUGUACAAAUCUAUCAAGUCAAUCAGAAUCAGCUGCGGGUCUUAUUUUGUAAAAAGGAGUAAAGGCCUGUCAUGAUGGAGAGAAUGAAUCAGUUCACUGAGCAGAGAAUGAACCUAGAAAGCUCAUUGCGAGGAUGGAGGGGAGAGGGAAAUAUGUUCGCCCAUUAAUUAAUCUAAUAGUUUUCAUGGGACAAAGAGUGCAUAUCUCUGCUGUCUGCAUAAUGAGAGCCUGGAACAAAGUCAUUCACUGCAUCCCAUUUAAAAUGAUGUGAAUGUGGGCUAAAGACCAGGAGACGAGGUGGAAUACAAAGCUCUGAAUAUCAAAAGGCUUUCCAUACCCGCACCUCUUGAUGCUGUUUAUUUAACGGAAUGUUCAUUAAAUACUUUUCAUUAUUAAUCCCUAAACAUGUGCUGUGUCGGCUGCAGAAAUUAGUGUCGAUAUUUUUUCCCCCCAAAAAAUAAAUUGUUCAAGUCAGUUAUGAGUUAAUCAGUUAUGAGUUCUUCAUAUUGAAUAUCAACAAAUUAAUUUCCAGCUGUUUUGAUUGGUUGGAAUAGCAGCGAGAGAAUGGUCCCAGGAUUUGAGUGGAGACUAGGGGUGAUAUCACAGCUCAGUGGCGCAAAACGGUUUGGGAAACAGCCCAGAUCUUAUUGAAUUUUAAUUCAAUGGAUCUGUGAUGCGUGUCAUACUCGGGGAAUGGGAGCAGGAGGCCUUCUGGGCAUCGUAAUUUACCUUUCCUGCUUUUCCAGAGAUUUCGUAUGAUAUCAAUUUCAUCUUAGGUAUUUCAUUUCACAGCCACAAGUACACACAUGGAGUACAGAUCCAGACACAGCGUAUCAGCUGUGUGGGUUUCCCUUUCUAGCCACCAUUUCUUUUCUGUUGAUUUACUGAAAUCGAAAGAAAGGGGCAAUUAAUGCUUGAUUAGGUCUUGUAAUAUUAGAUCACUGCACUUCAUCUGCUUUUUUUUUUUUUUUUUUUUUACAAAUCCACAAAGGUUACGCUAUCCUUAAGUAGGCUCUCGGACCCGUAGAGGUAAUUAUAUCACCCACACAUGAUGUGACAUUGUGUAUAAGUGGACUGAAUGUGGAUGUAAUUGUUAGAAUUGCUGCGUAGAUUCUGAAAGGUUUUCAGCCAAUUAUGCUAUUAAAUAUGUUUACCUUUGCUUUCCGCAAUGCAAAGAACAAAGUGUCCAGACAAUGAAAGGGGCACACUUGCGAUAUUCGGUAACUGAAAGAUAAAGUUCGUCGCAGUUGUUACCCAUUAAGUUAAUUUAUCUAUAUUAAGCUUUUAAAGCAAGUAAGGAAAUGCUACAUUAGAUGGCAAACAAGCAACCCAAUGAAAGUAACAAGGCGGCAAGAUUAAAAAGAUGAGUUUAAGGUGAGAUAUAAGGAAGUGGGGGGAGGUAUACGUUUCUCAAUAAGGGUCCUAACAGAGAUGACUCCCUCACCAUCAGUCAUCACUCUCUCCGUUCUCACAGCGCUGUCAUGAACCAGUACACACCUUGUCAUCCUCUCAGAGGAGAUGAAAGGUGACAUCAGGGGAUAAUGAGCUCAAACAUUUUGCUCACUCGCAAUAUCAGGACCUGGAAUCAUGACAUCAGGUUUGUCAGUAAGAAAUACACAUCCGAGGCAGUUUUUAAGUCUGAAAAGGUUUUUUUCGUCAAUCCGCUCUCGUGUCAUUUAUGUCAACACAGAGAAGUAGCGGUAUGUCAUUUGCAUGACAAUGACAUCUGAUGCCUUGACUACAAAUAUCCUGCCUCGGGGGCAGCGUAUAAAUGGAAAGACUCUCAGAGAACCUCUCUGUACCCCACCGGACAAACUCUGGAGAAACUCAAAUUACCGGUGGAUAUAAUUACCAUAAAUUACCAGACGCAAAUAAAACCACUCAACUAUGAAUAUAACCCACAGUUCAAGACGUUUCAGCAGAACAUAGUGGUCGACAGUAUCAAAUGUAGUACCGAGGUGUAAAGGAACAAAGGACUUUCCAUCAUCGGCGGCUGGAAGCAGUUCAUUCAACACUUUGAUCAAUAAUGUUGUAAAAGUAGGCUUUAACGGAGCCCUAAUUAAUGGGAUUGGGAGGACAGAUGAGAUAUUUGGACUGAAUCAAAUACCUCUUGGAGAAAUGUUGUUUCCGCCUGGAAAUGACCUUUCCGAGGGGGUUUGGGGAGGAUUAGAGGAGAAAAUGAACAGGAGCAGUUACAUCCUUGUGGGAGUAGAUGAAUAAAUGAUGUGCAACAUAUUUAGAAAAUACUGUAUCUUCAAGAUCCUACAAUGGGAGGACUGGUUGACAGCCCGCCGGGAGCUCUGAAGGGUUGUUUUUGUGUAGUGUGAACAGUCAACUUCACCAGCGAUGACAUAGCAAACGGGAACGAGGCGAUGACCCUCACAGAAUCCACACAAAAGACACGGCGCUCAUCCACUCGUUGUCAGGUCACACGCCCACGCACGGUCAGCGGUUAAACCACUCUGCGCUCGCUGUGCCGUUGUUUUUUUUCAAACAGGGGUUGAAAAAGAGCAGCAACCAGAUGUGAUGAGAGAUUUUAAAAAUCUAAUUGUCUCAGUGUGUGUUGGUGUACACACACAAUCACAAUCUGUGCUGUUUGCUUUACGGACACGGGUGAAGAAACGUUUCUAUUAUACUUUAGAUUGUUCAAGCUUAUGUUCAAUUCCACUGAAUGUGUGCACACAAGAAAAUAGAACAUGCGCUGUGAUCUAACAAACACAAUGUGAGAAAAAGUGUGACAUCGACAAAUAAGGUCGGCCUACACAAAGCGAGUGGUUUGCGUGGACAGGUUGGCCCGGGAUGGAGUCAAAUUCCCAGCCUGAAUUAUGGUUUCAGUCUGCUCAUGGCUGGGAGUGAUUAAUGCUGAGAUUUAGGAAGGGAACUAUGGUCUGGUCAGUAAUAAGACCCCAUAGGACAAUGACCGUUUUAAUAAUGCCAGAGAGAGGCUGAGCUCUAACUUCUGCAGUUAUAUCUUCGCCUUUCGAAGAAGUACGGUUUACAGCUUGAGGAUUUUUCAUACCUCUGACGAGCUCUUUCUAAGCUACAUAUGUUAUCCAGGGAAUUGAGGAAAGGUAGUCUGAGAGAGAAGUGCAUGUUAACAUGAGCCACUAUUUUUAGUUUAGAGCUGCAUCUUUAUGGCAGAGAUGUUACACCGAACCUCACUGUGCCUCAGUGUCAAAAGGAAUAACCCUACGAUGAGUAACAUGAUUGCAAGUUGUGCAAAACAAAUGCGUACAUACAUUCUGACGGGGAGUUAAGUUUGAGAAAUGAUCAGUGUACCCGGUGUAGUUUGUACUCGAAAGGCCACAUGAGUCAGGAGUGUGUCGCAGGAGCACUGGAUAAGAAGUAGCCCCAGUUUGUGCCUUUAAUGGACUCUUAGUGUUCAUAUGUGAAACCUUUGCAUCAAAGAUUAUGUUUGAGUCAGAGAAAUAAGUCACGAAUAUCAUUUCGCAAUACGGGUUUAUGUGGAAAUUUCCAUAAUACUCAAAGAUUGCCAUAUUCAAUCUUCUUCUUUGGUCCCUAACAAAAAUGGCAAAAAGUGAAAUGUGCCCACUCGUCUUGUUCCCAUCUUAGCACUAAUUAAAAGCUAUCUUCAUUGCACUAUUAAUACAUCUGUUGCAAACAAAUAAAAAUAGUGUGUGGUGUUUAUAAAUUCACUGCCGUGAAAGAGUUCUGGGUCUCGGGUCUUAACUGAGCUACUUGGCUUGUGAUGGAGGAGGAGAGGAUGUAUACCGCUGUCAUGUUUCCCUCCUCAUCACCGCAACCUAAACACCACAUUCCUUCCCGCCGAGAAGCCAAAACAAAGCCCCUUACUUCAGUGGAAAGUGGAGAAAAUAAACCGAGACAUUCAUCUUGCCUCUGACUGUGCCUCUAUCUGUUUGGCUUCAUAUGGACACAUGGUACAGAGGCUCUCAGUGCUUUGGACACUGUUCAAAGGGACUUGGGCCCUGAGGUUUUACCGAGGACGGAUGACAAACCUGAGAUGGCAAGUUGAAAGUCAAUCCAUCAGUCUGAAUGAAUCUCUAGCAGCAUUUAUGUUGACAAGGGAGAUCAAAUAGUGAGGGGGAAAAGCCUUAUUGCAACAUGGACAAGGCAGUUCCAGGGAGAACUGCACAUACAGGCAUUCAACUUCAACAUAGCAACAGGGAUUUGUCAGAACACAUGAUGAUAAAAACACAGUUGCUUGGAUAUAGUGCACUCCAUAAUUUGUAAAGGCCGUGGCACACCAGCAUUUAAAGGCAUACAUGUGGUGUGUUCAAGUGCACCCUUUUGGCUAAGACAAAGGAGACGUGAGGCGACGCAACAGUCAGUCACCAGCUCUUUGAUGUCGGGUUUGGUGCGUCUGGGCCUUAAGAAUCUAGAAAUUAGAAAGACGCUCGGGGAGCUAACUAAAGCUAGUGGCUGGCUAGCAUGUUAGCGGUUAGCUCACCAGCUACAGUGGUUAAAAAACGAUCCCUGUGCAUCGUCAUUGCAGUGCGUGAGAGAGCCUCUAGGAACAAAUACUGUAUUUCAUGAAGAUGCACAGAUUGGUUUCCCUAUGUGAUUAAGCCUUAAUGCAAAAAUGACAUAAACUUGACAUUUAUAUACUUUUCUUGUCUGGUAAGUUUCCCAUUGUUACUGAUGCCUGUUAAUCACCAAAUCCCUUCCACGAAAGAACUAUCAAAACACCAUACUAUUUCUGAAUUGUUUGUGUUUUGAGGAGCAUGUUCGCUGUGAGGUAUGACUUGAUACCACAGUAAUCUGAGAUUUACUGCUUGGGCUAUGUCUUGUUCAUCCGUCUAUCGAUUUUUCAUUCUCACUUAUCCUUUUUUCAUGCUUGGCCUAAACCGGAGCACACUGUCCGAUAAGCGGGGAACACCCUGCGGAGUACCCUGCGGAGUACCCUGCGGAGUACCUGGAGAAUACCUGGCGAGAACGUGGCCUUGCUCUACUCUAGAGGGGGGGGGGAAAGAAUAUAUAACUUUCAAUCCAAGGAUCAGUCGGAUCAAUGAUCACAAGAACUGAUCUUAAUCUUGGCAGAGAAAAUGAAAUGUCUUUAACGCCCCAGCUAUUCGAGGUAAUGUCAGUCAAACAAAGCGGCGAGGAGGCUCUGUUUGUUCUUUGCCUGUGUACACUAUUCAUUUAUUUAUCCGUGCCAUUGCUGCUUCAUUUCCUUUGUCACAUUCAGCCCUGACUGAGGGCCUGCAUAUUCCAAAGCCAGCCUUCACUCGAUAAUCUAGGCAGGUGUGCGUUAAUCCUUCGGUAAACCGGGAGGUAAUUACACUAUUUGCCGUAUCGACAGACUAGCACACAUUGAUUUCACACACGCAGCGCUGGAAAAAUGGAGAAAGCCACAUUAUCCUACCCUAACCAUGGGAGUCUCCAAAGGGAGGGGGAGGGGGGUGGGGGAUCAGCAGAGAAGGAAAGGGUGAACACAGUAUAAAGAGAGCUGGAGAAAAACACCAAGAAAAGGAAGUUGGAGUGUGGCAUAGUGUGCCGGUGGAAAGCGGAAGAGUGUGGGAGAAAGAAAACGAGUGAGUGAGAGGUAAUGAAUAGCAAAUCAGCUCCUUUAUAAAACUCCUGCUUUCAGUGUUCAAUCAGAGCAGCCCGGAUUGGCAAUUUUCCUCCGGCACAAUAGAGCAGGCCCAGGAGAACCCUGGCCUCAGUUCAGAGAGGGAGAGAGAGAGAGAGACAAGGAGAGAGAUCCUGCCAGCAUGCAACCCCGCCAACCCAGCGUUCUGUCAAGUUUGGCAAAAAAAACCCACCAGUACGGACAACAGGAGGUACUCAGUAGUGGCUUGCUAUUUGACUCCUCUUCUUCUUUCUUUUUUCAUAUGUACUCCUUCUCUUCAAUGAUGCAUGAGGUAAUGGGAGUGAGCCUGUGAAGGAGCGGCAGAUACUCUCCUCGCUGCACUCUCGUUUGCAUACAGGAACUCCCCGUUUCCUCCCGUGAUAGGCAAUAGCCUGAGGGGUGGAGAGAAACGGGAGGAAGAGGGAGGACAAUGACUGACAGUGUGUUCACACUGUGCUCUCUGCUGGGUCAAUGUUAUUUGCAUUUUCUACAAUCCCAGGAAAACAGAAGUUUGAGCGUCUCGAGCGUCUUUGCUGUCCCCGAGGUGAAGCCCCGCAGCAUGGCCAGUCCGGGACACUUCCCCACUUCCUGGAGGAGCCCGUUGAUGCUUACAUCGUCAAGAGCAACCCCAUCAAGCUCCGGUGUCAAGCUCGGCCCGCUCUUCAGAUCUUCUUCAAGUGCAACGGCGAAUGGGUCCACCAGAGCCAGCACAUGUCUCAGGAGCACACCGACCUGGGGACAGGGCUGAAGAUCCGCGAGGUGAUGAUCAACGUGUCGCGUCAGCAGGUGGAGGACUUCCACGGCCCGGAGGACUACUGGUGCCUGUGCGUCGCCUGGAGUCACCUGGGAACCUCCAAGAGCCGCAAGGCAACUGUCCGCAUCGCGUACCUGAGGAAGAACUUUGAGCAGGACCCCCAAGGCACCGAGAUGCCUCUGAAUGGCAUGAUAGUGUUGCACUGUCGUCCCCCAGAGGGAGUGCCUGUGGCUGAGGUGGAAUGGCUGAAAAAUGAAGAACCUCUAAACUCUGAAGGCGAUUCGAGAGGCGACCACAAUCUGAUCGUCUCCGAAGCCCGACUCUCUGAUUCCGGAAACUAUACCUGCGUUGCCAGCAACAUCGUGGCCAAGAGACGCAGCGCCACCGCCACUGUCAUGGUCUACGUGAACGGUGGCUGGUCGUCGUGGACGGACUGGUCUCCCUGUAACGUGCGCUGCGGUCGCGGUCUGCAGAAACGCUCUCGCACCUGCACAAAUCCAGCUCCUCUCAAUGGGGGAGCCUUCUGUGAGGGCAUGUCUGUACAGAAGAGCACCUGCAACACACUGUGUCCAGUGGACGGCGGCUGGGGAGAGUGGAGCGAGUGGUCGGUGUGCAGCUCAGACUGCGAGAGGCAGCGCAGCAGAGAGUGUACGGCUCCGGAGCCCAAACACGGAGGACGGCUGUGCGACGGGGUGGCGCUGGCUACGGACAACUGCACCGGCGGCCUCUGCACACAGAAUCGAAAGUUGCUCCAUGAUGCUAAGCCACAGGGUGUGGAGAGCAGCAGUGACGUGGCCUUGUACUCGGGCCUUGCUGCGGGGGUGGUGACAGUGGUGCUGCUGAUCAUCGCUGUCACUCUCUACCGAAGGAGCCAGAGUGAGUACGGUGUCGACGUCAUCGACUCCUCGGCCCUCACCGGGGGCUUCCAGUCCUUCAGCUUCAAGACCUCUCGUCAAGCGAACCCCCUGCUUAUUAAUUCAUCCAUGCAGCCCGAUCUGACAGUGUCGCGUACCUACACCAGCCCCAUGUGCUUUCAGGACUCCAUUGACAAGGAGCUGAUGGCCGAGCGCUCCCUCCUCGACCCGUUGCCUGAUCUCAAAGCCAAAGGGGUGGCAGAAAGGGCAGAGUACCACGUCAUGUCCCACCCGCAGACAUUUCCAAGGGGCCUGGCUCCAGACUACAGAGGGGUUGCAGUCGGGACGACGCUGGGCCGAAGAGGCAAAAACCUCUUCACUCCACAAGUCUCUCUGACUCCCAGCAGGCCUCUCCACAGAGCAACCGCGGUGUUUGGUCACGCUGGAGGCAAACUGGUGGUACCGAACACAGGUAUAAGUCUGUUGGUGCCUCACGGGGGGAUCGCAGAAGACACUACCUGGGAAACGUACAUGAUCAUCAACCAGGAGGACAGCAGUACUGUGUCCGAGGACGGGCCAGAGAUCUUCUUGAGCCCCGCGGUCACGUAUGGCCCACCGGGCCUCGACCUGUCCUGUCCCAUAGCCAUGACCGUGGCCCAUUGUGCGGAGGUUGCUGCCGAUAAUUGGACCAUCCGGCUAAAGAGACAAAUGCAGGACAACAAGUGGGAGGAAGUGAUGUGUGUGGACGAGGAGAGCACGUCCUGCUACUGUCUGCUGGAGACCCAGAGGUGCCACGUGCUGUUGGAGCAUCCGGGUCGCUACGCUCUGGUGGGCGAGCCGCUGAACCAGGAUGCGGCCAAGCGUCUGAGGCUGGCUGUGUUUGGUAGUCCAGAUACCAGCAACUCCCUGGGCUUCACCCUCAGGGUCUACUGUGUGGACGACACGCCCCAUGCUUUUCAGGAGGUGGCAGUUGGCGAGCGCAGCAGGGGCGGGCGGCUGCUGGAGGAGCCGAAAAUGAUGCUGUUCCGGGGGAACACUUUCAGCCUCCAGGUGUCCAUCCAGGACGUCCCACAGUUACUCUGGAGCAUCAAGCCUUUCACCACCUGCCAGGAGUUCUCCUUUUCUCAGGUGUGGGCCAGUAACCAGCGUCCCCUGCAGUGUGCCUUCUCUUUGGAGCGAUACAGCCACUCCUCGUCGCAGCUCUCCUGCAAGAUCAGCAUCCGACAGGUCAAAGGCGAGGAGCAGAUACUCCAGGUCUACACGUCGGUGGUGGAGAAUGAAAAGGGAGUGGUUCCCUUUUUCACUCAGUCAGACUGUACCAUCACCUCUCAGACAGGGUCAAGGGCCUUUAAAAUCCCCCCAUCCAUCCGUCAGCGGAUCAGCGCCACCUUUGACACCGCUAACGCCAAGGGGAAGGACUGGCAGCUCUUGGCUCAAAAGCUCCACAUAGACAGGAACCUGUGCUACUUUGCAUGUCAGGAGAGCCCAUCAUCAGUGAUUCUGAGCCUGUGGGAAGCCCAGCACCAGGACUCGGGGGACCUGGACUCUCUGGCCAGCGCCCUUGAGGAAAUCGGCAAGGUCCAGUCCCCGAGGACCGCCACUCUGGGCUGCAGCAGAGAAGAACCGGACUCAGAAUUCACUAAACUUGGUCACACGUGGAUUUUCUGCCAAACUUCUUCCAACGCGCUGACAACUGUGGAUGAAUGUCUCCCACGGUGCCACCUGGAAGAGCAAUCUCACCUAUUCAAAGUCUGGUACGGUACACGGGACCUCCUGAAGAGCUGCAGCUAAUGGCGCCAGACGUACCGCCUUUUUUCUUGGGAAAAUAUUAUCACUGUAGCCGCUCUCAAAAGAGAAAAGAAUCACCCGAGUUGAAAGACUGUUUCCUGAGUUAUUACCCACAACAUAUCUCACUGAUGUAUCAUUACUAAAAGAGCUGAGUCCGUCUGAAUCAUCAGUCGGGUCUUUCUGCCGAAGCACAUUUAUGGAAAGCUCAGAUUCUGAGGUAUCUGAGCUUGGGAUGGGAUCAGUCAGUUCUCCUUGGAUCAAAGGAAAUGGGAGAAGACACUCAGCUGUGUAGAGAGACAUUUUUGGGCAGGUAGUGGAGUUAAAAUAAAUCACAGCCAGCACAAAAGGGAGACAAGAGGGGACGUAAAAAUAUGUAUCUGUAAGCAGCAGUUGGACAUGCACUGUGCCUCUGUCCUGUACACUUCAGGAAAAUAUAAAAACUCCCCCAACAACUAAUGAUUCCAGUAGACAGAAAGCUUGAAAAAGCAAAUUUGUGUUGACAGCCACCCUUUCACAAAGUUGAUGGUCUACUGAACACGUUAGGAGGCAGACCGUGAGACUUGAUGUAAAUGUUAUCCUGUAGGGACACAGCCAAGACCUUAUGGGCCCUGAGCAGCACCCGCUUCUACACGUCACAGUCGAAGUUUUUACUUUAGUGGUUACACCACACUCCCUAAUUGUCAGUGAUUUCCAGCCGCGCUAUGCAGAUCCAUAACGAAAGGUGACAACGUUGUGAUUCAUGCCACCUCGUAAAGAUUUUCUGGACGUCGCUGGAGUGAUGAUGACUUUGGGCUUUGUUGGAAUUCUUUUUGGCAGAAGGCCUUGAAACUUCACUGGAAUUGAUUAUUUGUUUUUUUGGCUGAAGGCUGCCAAAGCUCACUACAAAAACUGUUUGUUUUUUUGUUGUUGUCAAUGUAUGUGCCCUCUUAAAAACUUCACACACUAUCCUGAGUUUUCUUAUAUUUAUUGAAUGUCACUUUUUUUUCAAAUCCAGAAUUUUUUCAUCAACUUUGCCGUGCCAAGGCCCCCCCUUUCUCUCACAUGCAGACAUAUUUACAUACAUGAGCAAAAUACAAAAAGAAUAUAAAAAGUUCCAUGUGUUUUGAGCAUCAAAAAUCCCAGUUUUCUAACUAAUUGUGCCUCUCCAUGUGGGUUUGUCAUCACAGAGUCUGAGCAGAAUGUUUUUCUGUUUUGUUUAUUAUACACCAUAUCAAAAGACUAGUGUUAUAUGCAAGCUGUAAUGUUCAUAGCCAUGCACAGCGCCCACAUUUCACACACGGCAGAGGUGUUUCCUAACAACGCAGAAGCGUUUAAACCCGUUAUCUCCGAUGCCAGGAACUCACAGCCACGACGAGGCCGACUAAAAACGCUUUGACCGUCUGUCACCUGAGGAUGCUCAGUGUGUCCGUCAGCAUCCUUUCCACAUAGACUCGAUGACCCAGAGAGUGUGCGAGCGCGAGAGGGAAAGUCGUGUGUAACUUUUUUUAAAAAGCUGUAUUUUGUGUGUCUUUGGAACAAUCCAGCCUACAGUGGAGCUACUAUUCCAGCUUAUUCAGACCGUGUGAUGUAACGUGUUUUUCUCACAGCCUCCUAUCUUGAGAUCUGCAUUGCUUUGGGGAAAAUAGAAAACAAUGCUAAGUUGAGUAACAGUGUAUCAAUUCAUCAAACGUGUUGAAAGAUUCAUUCAAAACUUUAUGACUCGUUUUUUUUGGUCGUUGUUUCUAUUUCUUUGCUUUCCUUUCUUAUCAUAUCCCUCUAUUUAUCACAUGAAACUGCUGGAAGUAAUUAUUACUUUAUUUUCCAUGGGUUAUGUAAACAGUGCUAUGCAUUUAUAGCUAUACGUUUGAUUUGAGACAUCUCAAUGCACUCGCGGUUUGAUUUAUGCGCUAACAUGAAUGUUUAUGUUCAGAAGGUGAACAGUGUCAUGCUGCUCAUCACCUUUCAUACAACUUCUUCUUUUCUCUCUCUUUUCUUUUUCAAAGAUUUGCAAUUUUGAAACUGUAUAUAGUGUAUUGUGUUGAAAUAAAUAUGCAGUGACAGCAUAUAUAGGA